AUGGACAGCUUAGAAGAAAAAGUGUUUAUGUUCAUUGAUGAACAAUGUUAUCAUUUCCAUGCCAAUUAUUCCAAUGAAUCAGAGUUCCAUGGGGAGGAGGAGGAUCUAUGGUGGGAAAACAACUGCGAUUCUGAUGACUCACCUGAUAGGACUUUGUAUUGGGAAUCUCAGGUUGCACUGCUUCAGGAAAUUUUGGAGCGGUACCAUCUAAGUGGAUCAAAAUUGAGAAGAGAGGUUGGUCGAAUCAUAAAAGAGGUGAAAGCUUCAGAUUUUUGCAGGUGUUUUAAGACUAACUCUUUGGAUUGCAUCACCUGUUUGAGAAGACAAGUUGUGACGGAGCUGCGAGACAGAGGAUUCACAACAAACCUUUGUGCAUCAAAAUGGGAAACCACAAAAAAGUUUCCAGGAGGGUGUCACGAAUAUAUUGAGGUGAUUGCAAAAACAUCAACGGGGAAGAAGCAGAUCCAUCUUCUGAUCGAAUUGGAAUUGAGGGAGGAGUUUGAGAUAGCAAAAGCAGGUGAAAAAUACAAGAAACUCGUGUCCUGUUUGCCUGAAUAUUAUAUUGGAAAACCGGAGUACUUAACUGCGAUAAUUCGAGUAAUGUGCAAUGCUGCAAAGAAAUCAAUGAAGGAGAAGAAAAUGCACGUGGGGCCAUGGAGGAAGAGUGGUUUCAUGCAAAUGAAGUGGUCAGGGUUCAACCAAACAUACAAUAAUAAUAACCCCUUCGGAACACAUACCACAUAUUCAACUCAAUCUUACAUCAGAAUUUCAGGAGCUCCUACACCUGUGGUGGUCACCUGA